CCUUCUACUUGGACCACACCUCACUCAUCCUUCUUCUUCUUCUUCUCUCUCUUACCCUGUUUCUUCUCUCUCUACAAAUUCAAGAAAUUUGCAGAGCUAUGAUGGCCGGGAAGGACGAUGGGCUUGGUUUGAGCCUUGGGUUGAGCUUAGAGUCCCAACCCCACCGCCAUUUGCAGCUCAAUCUCAUGCCGUCUUGGACUAAUGAUGCCUCCUCUGAUCGGACUUCGGAAACUGGGCGAUCGCUGCUCCGGGGUAUUGAUGUGAACCGGAUUCCGCCGUCGAUGGCGGAUUGUGAGGAGGAGGCGGCGAUGUCGAGUCCGAAUAGUACGGUGUCGAGUGUGAGUGGGAAACGGAGUGAACGGGAAACGAACGGCGAGGAUCUCGACGGCGAUAGAGAUUGUUUCAGAGGAAUUAGCGAUGAAGAAGACGGCGAAACUUCUAGAAAAAAGCUUCGGCUUACUAAAGAUCAGUCCGCCGUCUUGGAAGAUAGCUUCAAAGAACACAACACUCUCAAUCCUAAGCAAAAGUUGGCUCUGGCGAAACAGUUAGGUCUCCGGCCGAGACAAGUUGAAGUAUGGUUCCAAAACAGAAGGGCAAGGACAAAAUUGAAGCAAACGGAGGUUGAUUGCGAGUUUCUAAAGAGAUGCUGUGAGAAUCUGACGGACGAGAAUAGGCGGUUGCAAAAAGAAGUACAGGAACUGAGAGCACUGAAACUUUCCCCACAAUUCUACAUGCACAUGACCCCACCCACCACCCUUACCAUGUGCCCAUCAUGCGAGCGUGUCGCGGUCCCAACCUCCACGUCAGCCCCCACUACAGUGACACGAGUGGGCCAAGCCCAAGCCCAGCCCCACCACGCUCGGCCCAUCCACCUCAACCCGUGGGCCUCCGCCAUCCCGGCCCGGCCAUUCAACGCCCUACACCCUCGCUCGUAAAUACCCUCCCCACCGACGAGGGCAAUUCCGAGUUUUCGCUAUCUUAGGAUACGGUUGUUGGGCCGGGAUUUGGUGGGCCUCUGUGUUUUGUAAUGUUCGGCCCAUCUUGUCAUAAUUAGUGUUGAGUAGUUUAUUUAUUUAUCUUAGGGCUAAAUACUUUUUUUUUUUUUUUUUUUUUUUUUUUUU